AGGAGAGAGAGACUCCUACAGGUUCGCCGGACAGAUAAAACGGACUCAGACGUGUAGAAGGAAUCCGGCGGAUCGCUAGCCGGGAAAAAGCAUUAGUUUUUUUUCCGGCGACGCUUUCGCCAGUUAAACGACGCCGAAUUAAUCAUGCAAAAGCGAAAAGCAGAGGUCGCGAAGGAACUCGACCAUGUCAGCUCACCGGGAGAGGAAGACGGAGCAGAUAACGACAUCAAUUCAAGAAGUAAUGGAAGUAAAUAUGAUGAGGCGAAGAAGAAGAGUUUUAAGAGACGACUACUGAAGUACAAGGAGUUGCCUGAGUACCUGCAAGACAAUGAGUUUAUACUCGAUUAUUACCGAUGUGAGUGGCCUCUGAAGGACGUAUUCUUCAGCAUCUUCUCUUGGCACAACGAGACUCUCAACAUAUGGACGCAUUUGGGAGGUUUUCUGAUAUUUGUGGGACUGACGGUGGUCAGCGCCAUGGGAACGAUGGAGCUCGGAGGUUUAAUUGGCGGUUUCUUCAGAGGUCAAGUUUCGUGGCCGUUGAUGAUGAUGAUGACGAAGAGCGACGUGAACGUCUCUGAUAGCAAUCUGUUUCCGGAUUCACACGAGUUGAGGCACAUUCCACAGCCAUCAUCAGUUUUCAAUGUACAUAAAGAAGAAGGUUAUGAUGAAACUAUUCCAAGAUGGCCCUGGUUCGUUUUCCUAUCGGGCGCAAUGUCCUGCUUAGUCUGCAGCUCGAUCUCCCACCUGUUGGCUUGCCACUCCAAACGCUUUAACCUCUUCUUCUGGCGCCUGGACUACGCCGGAAUCUCCCUCAUGAUUAUCUCCUCCUUCUUCGCCCCGAUCUACUACGCCUUCUACUGCCAGCCAUACUCGCGAAUCUUUUACCUCACCUCCAUUACCGUCCUCGGCGUACUUGCCAUCAUUACUCUCCUUGCACCGGCCCUCUCAGCUCCUUGUUUUCGUUCAUUCAGGGCUAGCUUGUUCUUAGCCAUGGGCUUCUCGGGUGUAAUUCCAGCAGCACAUGCAGUUAUUCUCCACUGGGGAAACUCCCUUAUAUUAGUAGCACUUGGUUAUGAGCUUGCCAUGGGAGUUUUUUAUGCUGUAGGAGCUGGCUUUUAUAUCACCAGAGUACCAGAAAGAUGGAAGCCUGGUGCCUUCGAUAUUGCAGGACAUAGUCAUCAGAUCUUCCAUGUUUUUGUUGUGUUUGGGGCUCUCGCGCACUGCGUUGCCACGCUGACUAUUUUGGACUUUCGUCGGGGAUCACCAAACUGCGUGUGCUAGGGCUUAUUCUUCUACAUUUAGAGAGAUCCUUUCUUUUUUUGGGGGUCAGGUUUAUUUGUUCUCUUGUGAUGGAUCUUGCGUUGUACUUUUAAGAAGGAAGUAGCUUUGCAUUUAUUCCAAAGAAAGAUUAGGUUGCAAUACGGAGAUACUUUUAGUUUUCUGAAUAUGACCUUUCAAUUAUUGUAUAUAUUUCAAGCUUUUCAAUUUUGGGAAA